AUGCUGGCCGCUGAAAACGGACAUCCGAGAGUUGUGGAGGCUCUUCUUGACACCGGCAAAGUGGACGUCAACUCCAAAAACAUUGCACGCGAAUCUGCACUACUGCUGGCCUCUGAGGGUGGCCAUAUCGAGGUUGUCAAGGUUCUUCUCUCUUGUGAUGGAUUGGACGUGAAAGAUUGUGAUGGGGAUUCUGCAAUCAUGCUGGCCGCCAACAACGGACAUUUGAGAGUUAUGGAGGCUCUUUUUGAUACCAGCAAAGUGGAUGUCAGCUCCAGAAGCUUGCGAUUCAAGGCUGCACUAUUGCUGGCCACUUCAAAAGGUCACCCAGACGUCGUCAAGAUUUCUGUUGAUCGUGGCAGAGCGGACGUGAAUUUGCGUGAUACAUCUCCUCUGGGCAUGCCCGCAUUUCUAUAUGCCAUCGAAGCAGGACAUCUGGAACUUCUUCAGGUACUUGUGGACAUUGCUCGAGUGACCGUGAAAUCUAAGCACGGAGACGCAGGUACAGCCAUCGCGUUGGCCAUUCAAGAAAAAAAUGUUGAAAUUAUCAGCUACCUUCUCAAAACUAGUCAGCUUUCUAAGCUUAGACCGCCCGAAGCUGAUGGGCUAUCUAGGUUGGGAUUUGGCAAGGCUUCAAAGGAUACAUGGCCGCCCAGUUUUCAAUGCAACGAAACGUUCAAUCAUCGAAGAAUAUGGAUAUAUAAAUAA